AAUUAAUGAUUUCAGCCCUACUUAAAAUUGUAGGAACUUUCUUGUAGUUUUGAAUUUAUAACCUUUUUAUAUCUUGAUCUUAGUAACCACUCCGUGCGUAAUAUUACAUGCUACAAAACUGUAUUGGUAAAACAUGCCUAUCUUUAUUGUACCGGUAAACAAAGGUCUUCUGUUAAGAAAAGCCUCUUCCUGAAUUUCUUCUAAAAGCAAUGCCUCAACUGCAAAACUGAAUGGAAAAUGGAUUGGCUGUUUGAAUUACUAAUACAUUACUGUUUUGUGUGUUGUAGCUUCAAGGAUCUCUGCGAAGGAAAAUGGAAGGAAACACAACAGGACUGAAGCAGAACGGCCUCUCUUGUGGAUUCUCAGGAUCCGACUUUAAGCGUGUCCGUUUGGACGCAGGUGGCCUGGGUCACGGUUCCUGCAACCACAACUUAACCCACCCUCUGCAAGGGUCCUCAACCGCUGGCUUGCAGAGGAAGAACUACAUGAUGCCCCAUGGAAUAGGGUCAGACAUGUUCAACAUGACUCUGAAAGAAAUGAAAAAGGAGCCCCAAGAGAUUCAGUCUUGUGGCCACUCAAACUCUGAGAUGAUUUUCGACUUCAAAGAUGAGGGUAGCGGGCAAAUUGACCCGGAACUCCAGGAGCUGUUUGAUGAACUGACAAAGUCGGUGCCUCCUCUGAAUGAUCUUGAAUUUGAGAAGAUCCUAAAGCAGGACGAUACCUUUGGUUUGGACCUAGGUCGGCCAAAUUCAGCAGGAGCAGCAGCCACUCUGUGUUCCCCGGUGGACAAGGUGAUAAAGACGGAGCACUCGCAAGAUUUCGGACAGGGCCACAAUGGAUCACCGCAGCUUCGACCGGCCUCAGCGGGUCCUUCAUUCACACUGAACAGCACCGCUUCUACCAACACGUCGCAGAAAGGCAAUGCCCAGAGCGGACACAGCAGAGCCAUGCCCUGCUGGCCGGAAAUAUCCCACGCACAGCAGCUCAAGCAGAUGGCAGCAAACCAGCAGCAACCAGGUGCUCUUCUGCAUCACCAGCACCAGACCCAGCAUGUAGGAAUGACCGGCUGGCCUGCAACCAUGAGCCCUCAACCCACCACCAGCAGCUUCGCCAAAGCAAAAGUCUCUAACCAGGCCACACUCAACCAGCAGAAGAUGGGCUCCCAUAAUAAAGGCAUCAGCAACUGCCUGUUUAAGUCAAAUGGGCACAAUGGCUCCCAUCAGUUAGACAUGAAAGGUCUCAGUUCCAAGCCCACGUUGCACUUCAGCCCCAAAGUUUCUCAUUCCACCAGUCAGUCCAUGUCUAUCAUGACAAACUCGAUGACCAAGACGGAGCAGCAUCAGCAGUCGCCGUCACCGAGCCAGAACCAGGCACAUUCAGCUCUCCAUUUCCAGAACCAACAGAUCUCGACGUCGGGUGGCGUCUGUUUACAACCCAAGUCGGUUUCUGCUGGGCUGCCAUUCAGAAUGUCUCAGCAGCAACAGGCUGUUCCUGCUGGCCCCAGGAUGCCCACCAGUGGAAGCUUAGGAGUCCUGUCAGCCCAAUCACAGCCACAGCCGUCAGCGCCUAGCAACCAGCAGAAAGGCCCGGCCAGAGGCCCACCCAUGCAGAGACAGGUUAACCUGCAGCAUCCCAUCAGCAACACAGAUAAAGAUAACACACAUGACCAGUUCAGUCGACAUCUCACAAGACCACCUCCGGAUUACAAGCAGUCGAGAAGCUUGGUGGGGAUUCAGCAAGCAAAUAUCUUUCCAGGUCAGAACCCUGCACAGUCUCCCAACAAUGGUCCUGACAAUAACCUGCAGUCCAUAUCUUGCCAACUCUCAAGCGGGCCUACUUCAAAGAUGAGCCCUUUGCCAUCGGAUCGCAGAUUCGGUAUCAGGCCAGACUGCCAUCCAAGUUCCUGUAUCAGCCAGUUCCAGCAGCAAAACAGUCACGGUCGUAUAGGACUGAGUCAAAGUAAACCGAGAUUCCUGGCACCAGGCACACAGGGGAAAUCCUUUGGGAUGAACAAUGUAACAGGUGUGCAACAUCAGAGGGCAACAGCUGACUUGCAUUCCUCCAGGGUGCCAGUACAGAAUCUAGGAGGCUCGAUGACAAAUGUCAGUCUGGGCUGGGGGUCAGCCAACAAGCAAGUGGCAGCUGGACUUCGGCGUCUGCCCAACCCACUGCAGUUGCAGGGUGUGCAAGACCUGCCGAACCACCCAUACCAGCAGAGGCACGUCGGACCCCCCAACCAGGUAGCACCAGACGCCGGGAUGCCGACCCUGGGAGACGCAGGCCAAGCCAGACCGAGUCAGGCCAUGAUGGGCUGUCCAUCCCCUCUGGGAAACCUGAGCCAGGCCUCUCCUGAACAAAGGGUGCCGGCAGCCAGCUUUCCAGAUGCCAGUCCCGGUUCAAGCAGCUACCAGAACAACAGAUCCAACCGUCUGACCUUCGACUUCCUCCCGGAAGGGGACAACACAGUCCCUGGAAUCAAUGCGGACUCAGACUUCAUUGACUCCCUGCUUAAAUCGGGCUCUGGGAAUGACGACUGGAUGAAAGAUAUAAACCUGGACGAGAUUCUGGGAAGUCACUCAUAAGUUUAGAUUACAGGCUGCAGAAAAAUGCACCUGCAGCUCAAAUCUUAGAGUUUAUAUCUGUAAUGUAGAACGGUUACAAUUUGUAAGUAUUGUUCAAAAAAAUUUUAUAAAUCCAAAUUAAUUGUUAUUCAUGUAAACAGAUUUUCUUGGUUUUGUAUUUACUGUGAAAUAAAUGUAUGUUUGUGUUCGCAGUACAUAUUUGUCUCCGGUAUAUUCCCAAGAAACUGCUUCCCUGUUUUUGUUUUUGUGGACUGUAUUUCAUGCAUUAGUGCUGUUAUAACAUCAAAAAAAAAAAAAUAAUACACACUGUGAAAAGGAAGUUACUUCUCUAAGUUUCUUACCCCACAUUUAGCAUGUUCUAGUAUUUACCACACUGAAUUUUCCAAAACAAACGUUUCCUCUUAUUGUUCGGUCAUUUUCAUCUGUGGUAGUUUAAAAUGCUGUUUUAAAUAAUGUAACCCUUAUUUUUCUUAUGUGAUAUUUAAUACUCGGAAUAGUAAUUAGGGAAUAUAACACAUGUAAUUAAUAAAAAUUUAUUUGAAUAAAAUAGAAGUUUAUUUCUUUUUCUUUAACAAGACUUAACAUUAAGAUGGGUCUCACACACUACACCCUCACUGUAGUGUAGGUUGAUUUGUAGAAUAAAAAAAAAAUCACUUGGAUGGAACUGGUCUGACAAUGUGAAGUAGGCACAGAUCUCAGUCUAAUGAAAUUAAAGAACAAAUUAGAUAAACACAAUGAGUAACAUUAUCUACAAAUGGAGAA